GAGAAACAGUGCAGGUGACCGUGAGAAAGCUCUUCAGGUCAUGCUCCAGGUUGUACAGAGCUGUGACCACCCAGCCCCUGACAUGUUCUGCCUGUGUGGAAGGAUCUACAAGGACAUCUUUCUGGAUUCAGACUGUGAAGACGAUGCCAGCCGAGACAGUGCCAUUGAGUGGUAUCGCAAAGGGUUUGAACUCCAGUCAUCGCUUUAUUCAGGAAUUAACCUUGCAGUUUUGCUGAUAGUUGCUGGACAACAGUUUGAAACAUCCAUGGAACUAAGGAAAAUAGGUGUCCGGCUGAACAGUUUGUUGGGAAGAAAAGGGAGCUUGGAAAAAAUGAACAAUUACUGGGAUGUGGGUCAGUUCUUCACUGUCAGCAUGUUGGCCAGUGACAUCGGGAAGGCCGUCCAGGCAGCAGAAAGGUUGUUCAAACUGAAACCUCCAGUCUGGUACCUGAGAUCAUUAGUUCAGAACUUGUUAUUAAUUCAGCGCUACAAGAAACCCAUUACCGAACAUUCACCCAGGCAGGAACGGCUUAACUUCUGGUUAGAUAUAAUUUUUGAAGCAACAAAUGGAGUUUCUAAUGGACUCAGAUUUCCAGUUCUAGUAAUAGAACCGACCAAAGUCUACCAGCCUUCUUAUGUUUCUAUCAACAAUGAAGCCGAGGAGAGAAUGGUUUCUUUAUGGCAUGUCUCACCCACGGAAAUGAAACAAAUUCAUGAAUGGAAUUUUACAGCCUCUUCUAUUAAGGGAAUAAGCCUAUCCAAGUUUGAUGAACGAUGUUGUUUUCUUUAUGUCCAUGAUAAUUCUGAUGACUUUCAAAUCUACUUUUCCACUGAAGACCAGUGUAGUAGGUUUUGCUCUUUGGUCAAAGAGAUGCUAACCAACGGAGUGGGCAAUACUGUAGAGCUAGAGGGAGAGGUCGAUGGAGACACCCUAGAGUAUGAGUAUGACCAUGAUGCAAACGGGGAGAGGGUUGUCUUGGGGAAAGGCACCUAUGGGAUUGUGUAUGCUGGCCGAGAUCUGAGCAAUCAAGUACGAAUAGCCAUCAAAGAAAUCCCAGAGAGAGAUAUUAGGUACUCUCAGCCUCUGCAUGAGGAGAUAGCGCUGCACAAGUACCUCAAGCACCGCAAUAUUGUCCAGUACCUGGGCUCUGUUUCGGAGGACGGCUACAUUAAGAUAUUUAUGGAGCAGGUGCCUGGAGGAAGCCUGUCUGCUCUCUUGCGAUCCAAAUGGGGGCCCAUGAAGGAGCCCACUAUUAAGUUUUACACCAAACAGAUCCUGGAAGGCCUGAAGUAUCUCCAUGAAAAUCAGAUAGUGCACAGAGACAUAAAGGGUGAUAAUGUUCUGGUAAAUACCUACAGUGGAGUGGUGAAAAUCUCUGAUUUUGGAACCUCAAAACGCCUCGCAGGAGUGAACCCAUGCACGGAGACCUUUACAGGCACUCUGCAGUACAUGGCACCUGAGAUUAUAGAUCAAGGACCUCGAGGGUAUGGUGCCCCAGCUGAUAUCUGGUCCCUGGGCUGUACCAUCAUUGAGAUGGCCACCAGUAGGCCUCCAUUCCAUGAACUCGGCGAGCCACAAGCAGCAAUGUUCAAAGUGGGGAUGUUUAAGAUCCACCCUGAGAUUCCAGAAGUCCUUUCAGCUGAGGCCAGAGCUUUCAUCUUAUCCUGUUUUGAGCCUGAUCCUCACAAACGGGUCACCGCUGCUGACCUACUCAAAGAGGGUUUCUUAAGGCAGGUGAACAAAGGCAAGAAGAACCGGAUUGCUUUCAAGCCAUCAGAGGGUGUCCGGGGUGCUACCAGUGCCCUGGCUUUGCCCUCGCCAGGGGAGCCUAUGGGUAGCAGCAGCAGUGAGCAUGGCUCCAUCUCCCCAGACUCUGAUGCCCAACCCGACACAUUCUUUGAGAAGACCCAGUCAUCCAGGCACCAGCUCAGCCACCUUCUCAGCGUUCCAGAUGAGAAUUCAGCCUUGGAAGAUAGGAGCACAGCCUCAUCCCCAGAGGAGGACCCAGGCCUCUUCCUGCUGCGCAAGGACAGUGAGCGCCGGGCCAUCCUGUACAAAAUCCUUUGGAAGAGCAGAAACGAGGUGGCUUCCAACUUGCAGGAGUGUGUGGCUCAGAGUUCAGAAGAGUUGCAUCUCUCAGUUGGCCACAUCAAACAAAUCAUUGGGAUCCUGAGGGACUUCAUCCGCUCUCCAGAGCCCAGAGUGAUGGCGUCCACAAUAUCAAAGCUAAAGGUAGACCUGGAUUUUGACAGCUCAUCCAUCAAUCAGAUUCACUUGGUCCUGUUUGGAUUCCAGGAUGCUGUAAAUAAGAUUUUGAGGAGUCACUUAAUUACCCACUGGAUGUUUGCAAUGGACAGCCUCAUCCGCAGAGCAGUGCAGGCUGCAGUCACCAUUCUCAUCCCAGAGCUCCGAGCCCACUUUGAGCCUGCCUCUGAGACUGAAGGGGUAGAUAAGGACACGGAUGAAGUGGAAGGGGACUAUUCCCUAGCAGACUUGCCCAGCAGUGGAGCACACAUGACACCUGGAGGGAGCAGACCUGGUUCGGUGGUUGCCCAGGUGGCCCAGCACCCCCAGCAGCACCUGAGCCUUCAGCUGAGCAAGCUCAGGCAGGAGAGCAACAGGUGAGGACCUUCUGGGCCCUUCACUUGGAGAAAGGAUGGGGAGGAUGACCAUCCAUUUGGUUGAGAACCUCACCCAGGUCUCAGAAAAGAAAUUAUCUUUGCCAUCAAUGAACUGGGCACGGGUGUAUUGGCAGCUUUAUAUGAAGGGUAGUGGAAUGCCUUUACCUUUUUUUGGCAGUGCUGGGGUUUGAACUCAGGGCCUCACACUUGCUAGGCAAGCACUCUUACCACUUAAACCACUUCCACCAGCCUGCCUUUACCUUUUUUAUGUAGGAAUCAGAGAGGUGCCAAGGGCCACACAGAAAUAAAUCUGCCAUAUUAAAGGCAGCAGCAUCUGAGUUGUGUCUUUGCCAAGAUGGGCCCCUGGCAUGGCAUGUGGCCUAAGCAGGCUCAGCAGUGGAAAGCUGUCGCCUGCCCCUGUAGAAGUAGCAGUUUGAGGGUCACUUAGCACUUUGUGUGUGGCCAUGUAGCCCACAGCCCUGACCUCAAGGAAGUAUGCUUUUUCAUCAUGGCUUCCUGAUGGUUUGUCAUGAUCCCUAGGAAGGCAUUAACGAACUGCCUUCCUAACCAGGGGAGCCUGGC